UCGAAAGUAUCCCCAACUUUGUGGAAGUGCACGUGUUUUGACAAGUUUUCGACCAUUUCCCGGCGCUGUCUUUGCUGUUGACGUUAUCUUUGUUUAUUCUGUUCAUUGACUUAACAUAAGUGGUUACAAAGUUUGUAUUGUUGUUGUGUUGCGAGUUAUUGGUUGAACCACACCCGCAGUAUGACUGACCUUUCUCAGUACACGCUGUCCAACGAGACCGGGAUAUGUCUAUUGGAUUGUGAAACUGCCUUCAACAAUCUGACAGACACGGAGAAACUUUACUCACACUAUUUGUCUCAAGCGUCUUUUCAUGGAGGACUUAUUGUCCUGUUGCAGACAUCCCCAGAAUCUCCUGGAAUAUUUGUACUGCUACAGAAAUUGUUCCGGGCUCAGUCUGUGGAGACUUUAGAGAAACUGGCUCUACAGAAGGGACUCAGUGCAGAACAGGUUAAAGCAUUGUUUAUGUAUGCUGCUGGAUUCUACGCAAACAUGGGAAACUACAAAUCAUUUGGAGACAGCAAAUUCAUUCCAAAUUUACCAAAGGAUAAGUUUGAAGCUGUUGUUUUAGGCAGUACGGCUGCCAGUGAGGACCCAAAGGGAAUCCAAUCUCUGUGGGAGGCCGUCAAGGAACCAAUGUAUUCUCUGGAUGAUAGAGUGAAGAACUUGGGUCUCCCACCAAAGGGACUUACAACUUACUUUUCAAGUAACUGUGAUUUGAAAGAUGCUGAACUUGCUCAGGAAUUUUUGGAUAAAAUGGAUCUUAGUGCCUACAACACGAGACUGUUCAAAAUAGAAUCAGGAGGUCACAAACCAGUGUAUGAAGUGAGACUAGCUUCUACUGAAACAAAAGAUGGACUGAUUCCAGGCCUAAGUGAAGGCAUGAUUGGCGAGCACAUCUUCAAACCAAAAAACAGUGAAGAGAGUUUUACAUUCAAAGUCACAAGGGGAGAUUACUCUCAGCUGUUGUCAUUGGUUGUGGAUGAUUUGAGCAAAGCAAAAUCGCAUGCUGUCAAUGAAAAUGAAAACAAGAUGUUGCAGGAAUAUAUUACCAGCUUUACAACUGGUUCCAAUCCUGCACACAAAGAUGGAUCAAGAUACUGGAUCAAGAACAAAGGACCGAUAGUUGAAACUUACAUUGGAUUUAUUGAGUCAUAUCGGGAUCCUUUUGGUGUGCGUGGUGAAUUCGAAGGGAUUGAUGAGUCAGGCAUUGUCCGAGGGUCUGGAGCGAUUGAUGAGUCAGGUAUUAGAUGA